AUGGUGCCGAAUAAUUCGACAUCCUUCAUCUGUCAAAUGGACGACAUUUGGCUCAGUGAAAAAAAUAUGGUUUCCUGGAACGCUGACACAGAUUGUUGCUUGUGGGACGGAGUCACGUGCGAUCAUAUGACAGGUCAUGUGAUUCGCCUUGAACUUGGCUGCUUGCCCCCAAACCCGACCUGCUCUUCUUCUGCAGGGUCAUCAAACAGCACUGAAGUAUCCACGUUGGGUUCCCUCAAUCAUUCUUCUCCUCACAAAGCAGAAAGUCCAUCAGAGUCGAAUUCAAACAUGCUGCUUCAAAAUUUGACCAAGUUAAGAGUCCUCAUUCUCGAUGGGUUAAACAUGUCUGGCAUUGACGUGAGUAGCUUGAGGAAUCUGUCUCCAUCUCUGCAAGUCCUCAGCCUCAGUUCCUGCAAAUUGCGCGGCACGUUAGCAGCCAAGAUUUUCCUUUUGCCUAAGCUGACAUGUCUCAAUUUAUCAGGCAACGAGGAGCUUGCGAGUUACUUACCCGAAUCAACUUGGAAUAGCUCUCUGAAGGUUUUGGACUUGUCCUCCACGGGCUUCUCUGGGGUAUUACCAGAGUCCAUUGGCGACCUUCAUUCUCUGGAGAUACUCUGGCUAUACCAUUGUAAUUUCAAUGGCUCCAUUCCAUCAUCAAUCGGUAACCUUACACGACUCACCGGAUUGGAACUCUCAUUCAAUGAGCUUAGUGGUCAGGUUCCUCCGACUCUGUCCAACCUUGAUCGGCUCACUCUGCUCGAUCUUGCCUCCAACAAUUUCGGAGGUCCAAUACCCGAUGUCUUCGACAACAAGACACAACUUCAACGACUGCUUUUCUCACAUAACCACUUCGUGGGCCCCAUUCCUCCGAGCUUUAAAAAUCUUUCCAAUCUAGCCCAACUCGACAUUUCCAAUAACCCCAUUGGCGGGUCUAUACCAUCAUCACUGUUCUCUCUUCCGUCCUUGACGAGCCUAGACCUCAGUAAAAAUGGGCUUAGUGGUCACAUAGGCAAGUUCCUUGCCGCACCCUCAUUAGUCCAUGUUGAUCUGAGUGGUAAUCAGUUGCGUGGCUCAAUACCAAGCUCAAUUUUUCAGCUGGGGAACCUUACAUAUUUGAGUAUCUCAGGAAAUAAACUGACCAGUGUUUUAGACCUACGAUUGCUGUCGGGACUCAGAAGUCUAACAGAUCUUGAUCUUUCGGACAGCAUUUUGUCACUGAGCAAUAGCAAAAAUGUUGAUUUUGUCUUGCCGCAACUUUCAAAAGUCAGUCUUUCGGGGUGCAAUAUUACUGCAAUCCCUGCAUUUUUGAGAAAUUCAACCAGCGUGGAGUGUUUAGACCUGUCGCGCAACAUAAUCCACGGUGAUAUCCCUCCAUGGAUGUGGGAUGUUGGGACCAGGUCAUUGUCUUAUCUCAAUGUGUCUCACAACCUCCUCACUAGCUUCGAACAAGUUCCAUGGGAAAAUCUUAUAAUCCUCGACCUGAAUUCGAACUUGAUCCAAGGGCCAUUUCUGCCGCCAUCACUCCCGAAUUUGGUUCUCAUCUUCUCGCUGGCUAGCAAUCGAGUGACUGGCUAUAUCCCUGGCUCUAUUUGUGAAAUGAAGGGCCUACAAAUUCUUGACCUCUCUGGCAAUAAUUUCACUGGAACAAUCCCUCAAUGCCUAGGGAACAUCAGCGACAAACUUUUAGUGUUGGAUCUGCAAGAAAAUGGACUUUCCGGCACUAUCUCACUCACAUUCGGCAAAAAUGCUGUCCUGAGAAGUCUUCACCUCAAUGGAAACAAAUUUGAAGGCCUGUUGCCGCGCUCUGUAAUCAAUUGCACGCAACUUGAAGCACUAGUUCUCAGUGGUAACAAGUUGAAUGACACUUUCCCAAGAUGGUUGGAAACACUUCCUAGCCUGCGGGUCUUGGUCUUGCGAUCAAACAGACUUCACGGCUCCAUAGGCAACCCCGGAACUGAACUUCCCUUUCCGCAGUUGCGCAUUCUUGACCUUUCCUCCAAUGAGCUCACCGGUCCUUUGCCCAGCACCUACUUUGUAAAUCUGAAAGCAAUGAUAUCGACUGAUCAGGAUGGAUCCAAGUUGCGAUACAUGGACCAAGGUUACUACCAGGAUUCCAUAAAUGUGACGAUGAAAGGACUUGAAGUGCAUCUCCCAAAAAUCCUACUGACCCGAACGACCGUUGAUUUAUCAAGCAACAAGUUCCAGGGAAGGAUUCCAGAUGUAAUAGGUGAGCUAGGAUUACUGAAGGGGCUCAACCUUUCUCAUAAUAAUCUUGAAAGCCAUAUACCAUCAUCUUUGGGCAACCUUUCUGAGCUUGAAUGGCUGGAUCUUUCUUCAAAUGAUCUUAGUGGGGCGAUACCAAUCGAAUUGACAAAACUCACAUUUCUGGAGGUCCUAAAUGUCUCUUCCAAUCAAUUAAUAGGAUCGAUUCCUCGAGGGAAACAAUUCAACACAUUUCAAGCCGAAUCCUAUCUUGGGAACCCAGGAUUGUGCGGGUUUCCAUUGUCCAAAUCUUGCACAGAUUCCAGGGCGCCGGGGAAGCUUCCCGUCCUGCCUGAAGGCGGGAUCCACUCGUUCUUUGCAGAUUUUGUCAGACCAGAGGCCGUGGAAAUAGGAUUAUUAUGUGGCAUAGUGGUUGGACUAGUCAUGAGCAACUCGCGAUAUCUUAGAUCCUUUUGGCGAGCAAAGAGGGAAGUCAGAAAGAUAGCUAGGAAACAUAUUUCUCCAAUGGGGCCUUCAAACGGCACGACAUAUUAG